UUAAAUCUUGCCUCGCCUCUCCAGCUCUAAAACGCGGUGAUCUUAAGAUAUGCCGAGGAGCGUUUGAGUGAAAAGGCCAUCAGAUACUCAAAUGCAAAAAUGAAAGGAAAGAGUAGGUGUAGUAACUAUGAGAUUUGAUAUCCUCACAUCAUAAAUAGAAUCAAUCUCGCCCAAGCAGGCCCUCACAAGUAAUAAUUUGACACACCCCCUUUCAGUGCUAGAUUCUAUGCGUGGAUCGAUUGAUUGCAUAUGUUUAGUGAACACAUUCAGAGAUGAGAAUGAGAAAAAGUGUGGCAGUUUCAUUUUACACCGCUUUCCCCGCGCACCAAUGGGUAACUAGUUAAAUGGCGGCAGAAUAAUGUGCAUGAAUUUGUUCUUCUUUUUCCCCCGGCCAACAAACCCCGCAAAAUAAUAAAGAAUUGCGACCUUAUUCCAAAAAUGGCUGAAAACGAUACAUAUCAGACCCCGCUGGCUUCGCGGUAUGCAAGCAAGGAGAUGAAAACCAUCUUCUCCGCCCGAACUCGAUCAACGACAUGGCGGAAACUGUGGAUUUGGCUCGCGGAAGCCGAGAAGGAAUUGGGAAUCGAUAUUUCGGAUGAAGCUAUUGCUCAGAUGAAGGCAAAUGUGGUCAUGACGGACAAAUGCUUCAAGGUCGCGGCGGAGGAGGAAAAGCGGCGGAGGCAUGACGUUAUGGCCCAUGUCUACGCAUUUGGUCAAGUCGCCCCGGCCGCCGAGGGAAUCAUCCAUCUGGGCGCCACUUCUUGUUAUUGCACAGAUAACGGUGACCUGAUAAGUAUUCGUGACGCUCUCGACCUUGUACUUCCCAAGCUUGCAACAGUGAUCCACAAGCUGUCCCAAUUCGCCCUGGAAUACAAGGAUAUGCCCACCCUUGGCUAUACCCAUUAUCAGCCCGCUCAGCUCAUCACCGUCGGACGCCGUGCUGCUCAGUGGGUGCAAGAUCUGCUCAUGGAUCUCGAAGAUAUCGAGCGCACGCGGAACGACCUCCGAUUCCGCGGUGCCCAGGGAACCACUGGAACGCAAGCCAGCUUUAUGGAAGUCUUCAACAAUGACAGGGCAAAAAUCGACAAGCUCAACGAAAUCAUUUGCGCCAAGGCGGGAUUUCCAUCCUGCUACCCGAUUUCUACCCAGACCUAUUCCCGCAAGGUCGAUUUGCGUGUAGCCAACGCUCUCUCUGCACUGGGAACUACAGUUCAGAGAAUCACUGGGGAUAUUAGACAUCUUGCUGCGCAGAAGGAAAUGGAAGAACCGUUCGAGAAAGACCAAAUCGGAUCGUCCGCCAUGGCAUACAAGCGGAAUCCUAUGCGUUGCGAACGCAUCGCCAGUCUGGGACGGCACUUGGCAAAUCUCAAUAAGAAUGCUGCGGAUACCUAUGCGCAGCAAUGGUUCGAGCGCACCCUCGAUGACAGCGCGAUUCGUCGUAUCACUAUUCCCGAAAUGUUCCUAAGCGCGGACUCAAUCCUGAUGGCCAUGGACAAUGUAGUGUCCGGCCUUGUUGUCUAUCCAGCACGGAUCCAUAGCCGCCUGAUGGAAGAACUACCUUUCAUGGCAACCGAAACCAUCAUGAUGAAGAUGGUGUCGCUUGGAAGAUCACGACAGGACGCCCAUGAGGAAAUCCGGGUGUUGUCCCAUCAAGCGAGCGACAUAGUCAAGAAUAAGGGCAGAAGAAACGACUUAAUUGACAGAAUUAAGAAGUCAGAGUUCUUUGCCCCAGUGGCUGGGGAGGUUGACCAGCUAUUGGAUCCGAUGAACUUCAUUGGAAGAUGCCCGGAGCAGGUUGAGAACUUCUGUGGUCUGGGAGGAGAAGUGCAGAAGGCACUGGAGCUCUAUAAGGCAAACAUUGAUCCGAGCAAAGUAUCUGAACUUUCUGUCUAAUUGAUUACUGAUGUGGGUGUUUUUUGCUCUGGUCUAAUGUUCCUAAGACCUACAUCUGAAAAAGGUAUAUCUAAAAGUAUAUAUAUGUAUACUUAUACAUAUGUAUGAAGAAAUGCUAUUUAUGAGGUGUUAUCUCCCAACCGAACGGGUUCGCUCUUACCUAUUGUUAUUUGCGGAGCGAAGCGAAGCAAUAUGUUAGGUGCUCUCAAAACCUUAUUAGAAUAGUGUGGAAGGUGUAAAGCUUGCUUAAUUGAAAAGAAUUGAAGAUGCAAUCUUGCAGGCCCCCAUUCUGUGAUAUAAUUGAUUGAAAAAAUGCACACCUCACGUGCCCGUCUAUAGACAACCUCAUAACAAGCCUGUAUAGAAAUUCGCAAUGGCCUGUAUAAGUAAGUAGUCAUCACUUAUUAAGCAGGUAAUUACAGCUUUAAUUGCUGCAAUUGCUGCUGCUGCAAUUAGACUGACUGAUGAG